UGGUAUUAUCGUAUCUCAAGUAACGCAAAAGUUUGAUCGAUUUGAAGUUGAUAUUUUCGCAUGGUUUUUUAGAAAAAUGUCUCAAAUUGUGGAAUUACCGUGUAAAAACAAGGAGCAUGGUAAUUCGGGUUUGGAUGAAUUAUUUAAAUCACCCAGGAUGACUAAGGAAUUCAUAAAGCAACACUGCAAAGAACAUAAACUCUAUCAAACACCCCAUUUGAAUGAUGUCCUCUACUUGCACUUCAAAGGAUUUUCAUACAUAGAAAAUCUCGAUGAAUAUACUGGUCUUAAGUGUUUAUGGUUGGAAAAUAAUGGAAUAAGGGAAAUUAGCGGAUUGAAUAACCAGAGGGGACUGAGGAGUUUAUUUUUGCACUAUAAUCUCAUCAAGAAAAUUGAAAAUCUCAACAACUGUUGCAUGCUGGACACCUUGAACAUUUCCUACAACCAAGUCAGGAAAAUCGAGAAUUUGGAUGAAAUAAAAAAUCUGCACACCUUGAACAUCUCUAAUAAUUAUGUGGAAACUCUGGAGGAUUUCGAGCAUCUGUCCGAGCUUCUGGAGCUAUCCGUGUUGGACCUCUCCAAUAACCACAUCGAGGACCCCCUGAUUGUGGAGGUGUUGACGCGCAUGCCCAGCCUUAGAGUAUUGAACUUGAUGGGAAACCCCGUGUUGAGGAAGAUACCUGCCUACAGGAAGACCUUGAUUUUAGCUUGCAAGGAUCUUCAGUAUCUUGACGAUCGACCAGUUUUUCCUAGAGAUCGAGCCUGUGCUGAGGCAUGGGAAAGGGGCGGCUGUCAAGAGGAAGCCGCCGAACGUCAGCGAUGGAUUGACAGGGAGAGGCAGAGGAUAAUGGACAGUGUCAAUGCUUUGGUCAGACUUAGGGACCAACGACUAGAAGAGAGGGAACAGCAGAACAACUUCCAUAGUGACAGUGGCUUCGGCACCUCCUUCGAGGGAUCGGAGAGCGAGGGAGAUCGCAGCAGGUCUGAGGCUGGACCAGAAACUGAAGAUUUGGAUGACCAGACAAUUCCAUCAACAGCAUCAUCAGAAGAAGAUGAUGAAGAAGGAGAGAGCCAACCCUUGAUUUAUGAUGAUGCAGAGGAUGAAGAUAGACAAGAAUCGACCAGUAGCAGUAGCAGCGAAACAGAUCAGGAUCAUCCAAAAGACUAUUUGGAGUUUAGGAACAGGGUGGUGGAUUAUCCGGUAGAGUGCAGGAGCAACGGAAAUGCUGUGGCUACUGAAAACUCCAACGAGAUCUUCAGGUUAAUUGCGGAAAAGAUGAACGAGGAAGACCUCGAAACAGAACAACCUUGUAACAUAUGCGAAAACCUAUGCAAAGAAAAUGCUGAUAAUUCCCAUUCCGAUGAACUCGAGAACGAUGAAAUUGUGAAAGAAGUUACAAAUCUGGAAAAAGAAGAGAAAAAUAAUGAUAAUAUGGAGGAUGAGAGAGAUGCAAUCGAAAAUCGUUCAGAAACUGUUAAUGUAGAAGGAGAUGAGUUUGAAAAUACACGCUCUGAGAUGGAAGCGUUGCAUGAAUCUGAAGCAUAUCAGAAAAUUGACAUAAUCGAUAAACAUCCCGAAGAUAACCAUCUCAUGUUGACGACAAAUAGCGAAAUAUCAAACAAUGAAACGUAUGAUAAUUCAAUUUUCCUUGCUCCGAAAACCACACCUAAGUCACAUUUGUUGAUUGAAGAAUUAGCUGAAAAUUACAAGGAUUCGGAAGAGACCUUUAUCAAGGAAGUCUCAAGGUGCAAAUUGUCUGCUAAAAAAGUUUUAAUUGAAGAAAUAACAACAGAAAAACAUGCCGUAGAAGACGCGGAGAAAGACGUUGACACGCUUAUGGUGAAUAUGAACGAUUCGAAGGAAAGAGAAGGGAAGAUCAAUGAUACAGUAGAUCAGAAAGAGGACAUUGAAAAUAAGAUUGAAGAUUUUGAGGAAGAACCCAAAGACCAAAAAGAAGUAGUUGAUGAUAAUACACCUACGGAAAAAGUACUUGCAAACGAUUUGGAAACCAACGAAAUUGGAAGGAUAGAAAAGGAGGAUAUUGAAGAAAGUUGGAAUAUCGACAUGAAUAGGAAGCUAAGGAAAGAAGAAAUAAACAAAGCUUUGUCGUUAGCAUUGAAAAAAGAUGAUUCUAUACCGAACGAAGAAUUUGGAGAUCACCACGAAGGCUCAAAGGAUCUACAAAAUGUCCAGAAUAAUAUAGAUAAAUCCGAAAAUGGACACGACGAUCGACUUAUCAAGUCUGCAAACGAAAAUAUGGAUGAAAAGGAUGAGGAGACUAUACAAACAUGUUCAGACGUGGAUCAAGACGAGAGAAGAGAGGACGAUCAAACGUCCGAAGAAGAGUUGCAGUUUCCGGAUCGAGAAAAAUAUUUCUCAGAACUCGAUCUGAUGAAAGAAUUCCUCAGAUCAGAAAACUACGAAGAGGACGAACGAAUCGGAAAGAUGUUGAAAGAGAUGGGUGACGCCAUAGGAUUCAAAGAUGAAGAAGAACGUAGCAAAUGGCAGAUGAACGCCAGUUUGGCGUUGCCAAGUCAAGGUGACAAACCGACGUCAGAAUCCGAGGAGAUGACAGUCGAAAGGGAGGAAAUAACGGUGGAGCUCUACGCUGACGAGGAGAGGAGUCUGACCGUGACCGAGUUCUACGGGGAGGAGAAAGCGCAGGAGGACCUGAAGAAGCAGGAGUACAGCUGGAAGAGGUUCAACGAUAAGCUGGACGAGAUUGCGGCAACCAGAAAGGAGUGGCCUCUUUCGGACGACGAGCUGGAGGAGCAGAUGAAGAAGUUCGACGAAGAGUGCGAGGAGAUCGACCGAAUCAACAGGAAGAAGGCCGAGGAUGAAAGGAAGACUUCACGUUACGACUCUCCGCAAAAUGUGAUAGAUUUCGACUGCAAACACAUCCGAGAAAACGCCGAAGCCUUCUUCAGGAACCUGGACGGCUCCAAGUCCACCGAGAUCACGGUAACAUUGGACCAGUUGGACAGCGACGGCGAGAACGAGGUGUUCGAGCGAAAAAUCGACGAGAAUGCUCAGUUGAACGAUCUCGACGACAACAACCGAGACUAUAGGGAGCUCCUGGAGUGGGACAUAAGUCUACCUCCCCAGAACAGGGUGAUGCUGCUGCCCAUCCAGCGCAAACCGAAGGAGGAAGACGAAUCCGAGGAUGAGGAGGAAGAGUCGGAGGAGGAAUGGAAGGAGUUCGAGAUCACGCCGAUAGUUCAGUACAGCGAGGAGGUUCAGGAGGGAAAGAGCGAAGAGCGGAAGAAGAGAAGUAUAUUCACCACCGUUGAGACGGAUAAAGAGCAUAACGAAUCCAAACAGCAAAGAUUUAGAGGACGUCCUAGUUCGGAGUCUUCGUCGACUGUCGCCAAUAGAGGUAUUAGAGAUACCAGUGGCCCUUCCAACUUCAUCCCAGUCUUCGAGAAGCCUAACGACAUCGUUACCAAGUAUGUCAACACAGACCAGAUGGAAAAAGCUGACGGGAGCCCCCUAGAUAACACCGUCAUAAUGACGAAUUCAAUUGCAGAGAUACGGGCUAAGAUGGCGGAGUUCAGGAAAUCCUUAGACGAUUUCAACUUGAGGUCCAGAGCAGCUGCAAACGAAAUUUUCAAAAGCUACAACGACUCACUGGCGAAACAGAUCGAUUUCGAGAAGAAGUUGUUCCAGGAUAUGGAUGAUAACAAGACAGCUCCAAAAUCUGAAGAGACACCUUCGAAAGAUGAAAUGAUUGUUGCUAAACAAACGGAACAUUUGGCGUACAUAAAUAAAGAUUUAAGAGACCCAGAGGAAGCAGAAAGAAGUUUGGAACAUAUAAAAGAAAUGUUGAAGAUGAUAGAAGUGAACGUUGAAGACUACGAGAGUUCAAAAUUGAUGGAAGAUCAAGAACUCGUUGAAAACCCCAAUGCAAAUGAAGAAGAAGAUGUAACGAUAAAAGAAAAACAAAAUGAAGUGAAUGAUGAAGCGGACAUAGAUUUUCAUAGCAACAGAGAAAUUAUGGUUGACCAAAACUUAAAUACUGAGUUGCAACCACGUAUUGUAACAUGCAAACUCGUUGAAAAUCGAAAUGCAAAUGUAGAAACAGGAGAAGAUGUAACGCUAGAAGAAAAACAAAAUGAAGUGGAUGAAGAAGCAGACAAAGAUUGUCUUAGCAAGGGAGAAAUUAUGGAUGACCAAAAUGAAAAUACUGAGAUGCAACCACGUAUUGUAACAUGCAAACACGUUGAAAACCCCAAUGCAAAUGUAGAAACAGGAGAAGAUGUAACGCUAGAAGAAAAACAAAAUGAAGUAGAUGAAGAAGCGGACAAAUAUUAUCAUAGCAACGAAGAAAUUAUGGAUGACAAAAAUGAAAAUAUUGAGAUGCAACCACGUAUUGUAACAUGCACUUUAGAAAUGCAAUUAGCAAAAGAAAAUGAAUGAAAUAUUAGAUUUCACAAAACUGUUAAAAGUUAAGUUUUUAAAAAAUAAAGCCUACAAUGAGAA